UUGGGAGAUGGUGACAGGGUAAAAAUAAAAAUUAUUAUUGUUAUUAUUGUUAUUAUUCAGAUAUGCAAGUGAACUGCUUUUUGGCAGAAGUGGAAAUCUCAAUUAUUCUGUGUCAACUUCUGCACCACAUUCAAGUACUGGAUUGAGGAAAAUCUGGCACAUGGAAGUCACUCAGAAGGAGCGCUGUGUAUUGGUACAAAAWUUUGCAAAAACGAUAUCUCCUGAUAAUGACUCAGAAGCCYCAAAGAAGAUACUGGAGGCUUAUGCCAGGCAAAUAGAAGAGGAGGUGUACAGUUUGGCCAACAGUAAGACAGAAUAUCACCAGUUAAUGGCAAAAAAACUUAAUGCGAUGAAUAAGAAGCUAGAUGAAACCUUGACGUCUCCUUCACUUAUCCACGGCAUCAGAAGCAAUGAGCAGCCAACUUUGCAGGACCCUUGCAUUCAGCCUCCUGGUGUUCCAUCAGUGGCAGCAACCACAGGGGAAGUCCAGCCUCCGCAACUGCCCAGUAAGCCUACAACUAAGGGUUGGACAAAUUGGUACAUGGACCUGCAUGUUGCUUUUUGUACUUAUGGUGUAUUGGGCAGCCCUUUCCCACUUUUCGCAGGGUCAUGUUGA